AUGUCCACAAGCUCGCGGAGGAGAAGCUCUCGGCCGACUGACCUGUCCUUGCCGUCGGCACCCAGCCAUGCCAGGCCGCCGUCUCGAUCCUCCGGGAACCCCCGACGAAGCGCGCCGCGACCAUUACAGCCGGAACAAGCCUCUUCCGCCACCAAGCGCAAACGGGAGGCAGACGAUGACGUGGACCUUUUCGGCGACGAUCUUUUCGGGGGUGCAGAGGUGGUCGAUCUCGUGGACACGGACGAAGUCCCAGCCAAUAUUCUGGAAAGUCAAGGAAAAGUGAAGAAGCUCGUCAGGUUGAGCUCCUUCGACUGCGUCAUUUGCAUGGACAGCGCCAAGGACUUAACAGUCACUCAUUGUGGUCACCUCUUCUGUUCCGCAUGUCUUCACUCCGCCCUCAACAUGGAAGUGACCAGGCGGAUAUGCCCGAUUUGCCGGCAAAAGAUCGACAGGCCAACCGCCGCGAAUGGCAAGUUCGGUAGAAAUGCGAAGGGCUUCUAUCCACUAGAGCUCAAGUUGAUGACGAGGAAGACGCUGGGGGGGACAGUUGACCCGCCCCAAUAA